AUAGGAAUCAAACCACUAUCUUGUUGUGACGUCAACAUCCUUUAAAUUGGCUUACAGAAAACAAAAUGGCGGAAGCUGCAGUGGAGAGGACAAACAGUGAUAGUAUAUUUUUCUGUCAUCAGUGUAUGAGGGAAGUUCUGCGAAACAUUUCGGAUUACACAUGCUCCAGAUGUAACAGUGGUUUCAUUGAAGAAAUGGAAAGUAGACCUCCGCCUUCAUCUACAAAUGCCCUCAGUUCCGAUCCUGUUACACAGAUGUCAGAGUUGAAUAGAUCACUACUGGGUCCAAGACAGUUGUACCUGGGUCGGCCUAGUAUUCAGAAUUCUGAUGAUGUUUAUAUGGAGCACAGUGAGGAAGAAGAAAUGAGAGGCAUUGUACCAAGCGCUGUAUUUCAUUUUAACACAGGAGAUUUACAUCAAGCUCCUAACCUACAAGGAAUAAUCAACUAUGUAAUACAACGCCUUGGCAGCGAUAUUGCUGGACGUAAUCCUGUAAUUUUACACAGUAAUCCUGGAGACUAUGCUUGGGGAGCUGGUGGUCUUGAUGCUAUUAUAUCUCAGCUUCUAAAUCAUUUGGAAGGUACUGGUGCUCCACCUGCUCAAAAGGAAAAAAUAGAAAGCCUUGAAAAAAUCCAAAUUGAUCAGACUCACAUUGAAAAAACCCUACAGUGUUCUAUUUGUAUGGAUGACUUUGAACUUGGCAUAGAAGUAAGGAAGCUUCCCUGUGAUCAUCUUUACCACUCAGAUUGUAUUAUUAAGUGGUUAGAAAUGCAUGGAACUUGCCCCGUUUGUAGAAAAGACCUAAAUGGAUUAGACACUUCAAGAAAUGAAGAUACCCUUGAAAACUCUAACUUCACCACACCUGUAGCAGAAAAUAAUGAAAUGCAUGCAAGUGCUGCUUCUUCUUCAUCAAUUUCCAAUGGACCAUCUACGUCAUCAUCAUUCUUGUAACAUCCUACAAAUUGGUUUUUUUUUUCCCUCUAAAACAAAUUCUUUCCUUGUAAAAGUCCAUUUUUAGAUAAUCAAAUCAGAUUAGCUGCAGAUGAAUACCAAUUAGAUCUAUUUGUGAUCAUUUUUAUUUUAUUUUUGUAAAAUAAAAAAUUAUUUUUGAACUUCAAUAAAAACACCUUGAAAUUAAGGUUUAAAUGUUAAGUAAAAUGUGGUUACAAUGCCAUAAAACCUGAAGUUUAAAAAACAACACAAUGGGGAUACAUUAAUCUGAUAGUUAGUAAAACUUGCUCUAUAAGUAGAACAUGGAAUCCUGUAUCUAAUGUAUAAUAUAAAUUAACAAUUAUGUGCAUUAAAUUUUUUUAAAUAGGGUAAUAAGCAAAUAUGAAACUAUUACAAUUUUUCCUUUAUUUUGAAGAACAUUAAUUUUACAUUGAUAUUUCAUAGAAAUUUAUAGUUUGCUCUGGAAUAUUUGGAAAAUAUCCUUCAUUUGUUGUCAGAAGCAUUGCUAUGAACCAUGUUACUGAUUGAAAAAUAACUUAUUUGAUGAUCUGUUACAUCUCUGAAUUUGAUAUUUAUAAUUAUUCCCCUCUACAUUCAUAAUAUCGUAUUUUAGAAAUUAAGACAAGUUUUUAUUCUCAUAUGUUAAAAGUUAAGUUUCAUUUAUUAGUAAUAUUGUAAAUUAAACUUAAAUCAUUAUUAAUUAUAAGUAACACUAAUGUUGAAACAAGUGAUAUUUUGUUUUCCUUUCAAGACUUAUAAAGUUGACUCCUGCAAAACAUGUACCGAGUUCAUGAAAUGAAUAAAAAAUGUUUAGAAGUGAUUGUUUUAUAAAAUAUAUAAAAAUUGUUUUUAAGAAGUUAAAGCAUAUACACAUAUUUUAUCCAAAAUCUGUUUUAUAAAUAUAUGGCACUUUUAUUUUACUUGUAUUGAGCAGUGGUAUUUGAUUACGCUCAUAUUUAACUCGUAUUAUUAACAAACACUUUAAAAUAGCACCCUUAAUUAAAAAACUUUUUGUUUGAUAGGUUUUGGUAUAACAAUAAGAAGCAGAAAUGCCAAAAUAUACAAUUAAUGUAUGCUG